AUGGCGACCGGGAGUCUCUGUUGUGUUUCUGCCUCUAUCGCACACCUAAACAAUGAGAACAUUGCUUCUUCGGUCGCUGCUACUACCAACAGUACCAGCACUACUACUGCUACUGCACAUGUUCCACGACUAAAGCGGCAGAAACGCAGCGGCGGUGAUAUUAGCGGCGGUGAUAUUAGCGGCGGCGGCGGCGGUGAUGGCGGUGAUAGUGAUAGUAGCGGAGGAGAGUCAGUACAUGUAGUUCUCGCGCGGCACCAUGUCAGCUUCGCUGUGAAUCCCGAGCAGGCUGGGCUAGAGAUUUAUGCCGGUUCUGAGAUCCCGGUUGUUGUUGAUCUACGAGUGCUCGAUGGGGAGGAUGUCGACAUGGAUGCGGAUAUAGAUACCGGGAGUGCGCGGACUGGACGAUUGAUUCUUUCUUCUGCUAGCAAUGGGGGGGAGCUUAUGGCUUUAAAUCUCGACCUAAGUACACUCCCAGACACCCUCCCCCGCGAUAUAACAUGGGCGUCUACAAUCACCUCCCACUUCCCCGCCACCAAGACCCCCACUCGCCCGUUCAGCAGCUCCUGCACUCUCACCUUCGCGCCCGCAAAUAUAACACUAACCCUAACCCUCACCGCCCGCUGCCAUAACGCCCCCACAUCCUCCACCAUUGCACUGGCAAGUACCGACCCCUGGUGGCGCCUGCUCGCCGAAGCAUUCCCUGCGCACGCUCCUGUCGUUGAGGGCGCGCUCACAGUCACGCCCAAGGACUUUUACGCCGCCUGCCACACCCCCGCGCGCACGCAGGUUGUACCGGACUCGGUGCAGCAUCCGGUCCUGGAGUGCACGUUGCUGCCAUACCAGCGUCGCACAGUCCAGUGGAUGCUGAGCCGUGAAGGCGCGGCCGCCGCCAUUCCAGAGGAUAAAGGCGAGCUUCCACCGACGUUUUUCUGCGAGAGAGACGCUGAGGGCGGGGAGUGUUAUGUGUCGCAUGUGUUUGGCAUCGUCAGUAGCGACCUGAAGGAACUUUGGCGGGCGGUGGAGUUACCGCGUGGUGGCUUGUUGGCGGAGGAGAUGGGGCUGGGUAAGACUGUGGAGAUGAUUGCCCUGAUGGCGCUCCACGCCAUGCCGGCGGCCAUGGCGGCAGACCGCCGCAAUAUUGGUGCCACGCUCAUCAUCACGCCGCCGAGUAUCCUGGAGCAGUGGAAGUCCGAGAUUGCGACGCACGCGCCGAGCGUGAGGGUGUGCCACUACCGCGGUAUGAAGCAGCACCUGUGUGCCAGCACGGAGGAGGUCGUAGAGAUGUUCUGUGGAGCGGACGUGGUCCUCACGACGUAUGCGGUGCUGUCGCACGAGCUGCACUACCUCGCGGCAAAGGACUGGUCAAAGCGUCUCUCAAAGACCAAGCGCUACGAGGCGCGGCGAAGCCCCCUCGGCGAGCUCAACUGGUGGCGCGUGUGUGUGGACGAGGCGCAGAUGAUUGAUGGCGGGCUCAGCAACGCAGCUGUCGUUGCGCGACAGAUACCGCGGGUCAAUGCGUGGGCGGUCUCGGGGACACCGAUCCGUAAGGAUAUCAAUGAUUUCCACGGGCUGCUGCGGUUCUUGCGCUAUUCUCUGUUUGAUGAGCGCAGUCCGGCGCUCUUCUCGACGCUGGCGAGGUACAACCAUGCGGCGUUCGGCGCGGUGGUGGGUAAGAUUGCGCUGCGGCAUACGAAGGAUAUGGUCAGUGAUGAGAUCCGGCUACCGCUGCAGAAGAGGGUUGUGGUGCGGGUGCCGUUCAGCGCGAUCGAGGAGCAGAAUUAUCGCCACUUGUUUCAACAGAUGAGUGAUGAGUGCCACAUCACCGAGGAGGGGGCCCGCGGCGAUGAGGUGUCGUCUGAAGUCGUGGAGAGGCUGAGAGUAUGGUUGAUAAGGUUGCGGCAGACGUGUUUGCAUCCGCAGGCGGGCGAGAGGAAUAGGAAGAUGUUUGGCGGGACGAAGGCGCCGUUGAGAACUGUGGAUGAGGUGUUGGACCUCAUGGCGGAUGCGCAUUCGGUCGCCGUCAGGAACGACGAGAGGGCGCUAUUCGAGUCCAAGAUCCGGAGAGGGCAGUUGCUCGAGAUCCAGGAGAAGUAUAACGCCGCGCUGCAGGUGUGGAUGGGGGUGCUGGCAGAGGUGCGGGAAGUGGUGAAGGAGUGUAGAGCGGCGUUGGAGGCAGAGCCAAAGACAAAGCUGCAGGAGGCCAUAGACGAACCCAUGGAAUGGCAUGAAGAGGAUGAAGAGACGGCUGAGCAUGAUUAUGAUAGUAGAGUUGAUACAAGCCGCCAUGGGACUCUGCGGAACCGGCUUCGAAAUAUCCUUGAGCUCGAGCACGCCUGUCUCUUCUGGGUCGGGACCGCCUGGUACCAGCUCAAGGAAGAGAAGGAGGAAGCAGACCCCAAGAGCGAGGAACUAGCCCAGCUCCGCCAAAAGGAAGAGGAGCACUACGACGCCGCCAAACUCGUCCGCAAAGAAAUGGUGCACGAGACUCGCAGUCGAGCCCUCAAGUUCCUUGACACCCUCCGCACCCGCGCCAACACCCGCCGCUUCGCCGCCAUCGCCGCCAUCCCCGCCUGCAACACCAACUGCGGCAUUGAGACGCAGACACUGCUCUACGACAUGACUGACAUCGCCACCACGCUCAACGCGCAAGCCGACCUCAUCACCCAAUGGCGCACCCAGCUCCUCGAGCUCCUCGCAAAGCCUAUCCUCGACGAAGACACCAACGACGACGACGAAAAAGACCGCGGCAACGAGUUCGAAAUCUCCGUGUCCGACCAGGAGCUCAGCGAGCGCCUCAUGACGGGGAUCCGGGUGCUGCUUGCGGACCGCGCUGAGGCGCUGUCCGGCGAGGCGAGUAAUGCGCUGAUCCGCCAUGACAUACAGGCGGACUUGGCGCGCAAGGGGCUGCACCAGACUUUCUUUGUGGAGAUGAUGGCACGGAGGGAGAGCGUGAGGCUGCCGGCGCAGGUGGGGUGCCGGAGUCUCAAGGCGGGGAUUGCGGAGCUCCGCCAUAAGGUGGCGGGGUUUAGGGGCGGGGGUGGGAGGUUGGCGAUGCAGAGGGAGCUGGUGGAGGAGGAGCUUAAGGUGUUGGGGGAGGUUGUGGGUACGCAGGUGGAGGUGAAUAAGAAGUUGUCAAAUGAGAUUAUGUUUUUCCGCAAUGUGACGAAUGCGAGGAAGGAGUACUAUUCGCAGAUGCAGGCGAUCUCAGAUACAGUGGCGCCUUUUGAGCCGGAGGUGUUCUUCUCGAGGAGCGUGCGCAUUGAUGAUGCGUUGUUCCAGAAACUGCUUAAUGAGGAGAAGGCCUUGGCUGAGAAAAUUACAAAGGCAAAGAGUAAAUUGCGCUACCUGGUACAUCUGAAAGGAAAAGGCGUCGAGGAGGAGCAGGAUUGUCUAAUCUGUAAAGAAACCUACGAGAUUGGCAUACUCACGAGCUGCGGCCACUCUUACUGCAAGGAAUGCAUGGUCGAAUGGUACAAAACCUCUCAUAAGUGCCCAGCAUGCACGGCGACAUUGAGCUUGAAGGAUAUGUACCAGAUCUCAUAUCGUCCCAAGGAAGCCACCAUGCAAGAAGAGCGCGCCCUAGCUUCCAGCAGCUCUGAUGCCGCCUCCGCCUCCGCCAGCAUCUACUCCGGCAUGGAUAAGCGCAUCAUGGACGAGAUAAAACGUGUCGAGAUCAAGCAGCACUUUGGCUCCAAGAUCGAUAUGAUAAUCCGUCACCUCCUCUGGCUGCGCCAGCACGAACCGGGCUUUAAAGCCGUCAUCUUCUCGCAAUGGGGCGACUUCCUCGACUUCAUGAAGACAGUCCUUACACACUCCCACAUCGGCUUCGCCACGCUCGACAAGCGCGGCGGCAUCCACACUUUCAAGACCGACCCGUCGACCCACUGCUUCCUGCUACACGCAAAGUCACAGAGCGCCGGAUUGAGCCUUGUCAACGCGACCCACGUCUUCCUCUGCGAGCCGCUGCUCAACGUCUCGCUGGAGCUGCAGGCAAUAUCGCGUGUCCACCGCAUUGGGCAGAAACGCCCGACGACGGUGUGGCUGUAUGUUAUCGACGGCACGGUCGAAGAGAACGUGUGGGCGCUGGCGACGAAACGGAGGCUGGGGCUGAUGGAGGCUUGCGGGGAGUCUGCGGAGUCUGUGGAUCCUUCGCAGGAGGAGGAGGGGGGUAGUAGCCAGUCGAGUAGUGGGAGCACUAGCACUGGGUCCUCGCCGGCGUCGUCGCCCGAGGAGUCGCAGGAGGAGAGGAGGCUGGAUGUGGCCAACUCGGUGGAGCUGCAGAAGGUCGUGGGGGGGCUGGUGGAGAAGGGGGUUGGUGGCGGGGAGGUGGUGGGGUGUGGGGAUGUGUGGGAGUGUGUGUUUGGUGCGGGAGAGGGCGCGGGCAGGGGACGCGGGAAGGAGGUGGAGGAUGUGGUGAGGAGGGAGAUGUUGGCGGGGGCGGCGGAGGGGAGGAUGCGUGGGGAGAAUUAA